CUUUUAAUUUGCUUCAAGUCAACUUGUGACCUUGUAUAUUAGCAAACUUUUAAAUUUUCGCGUAGGGAUGUUUAUUGUUUUAUAGCAGCUAACAUUUGCCGUGUUUCCAAAGGAAAUUUUUUACCUUACAUCUAAUAGUUCAUAGCCUCAUAUUUUAUGGAAAUCGACGUGAAACGACCACCUGUUGACAGGUAUAAUUUGGCCUACAUAUUCCUUUUUUUACACGGUAUUGGAUUAUUGAUACCAUGGAAUGUGUUUAUUAAUGCUCGCGAGUAUUUCGUUGACUACAAGCUAAAUACAACAACAAGUUUCAAUGCUGAUUAUCGUAUCAAUCUUCUGAGUUAUUUUGGGUUUGCUGCGCAUUUCCCGAACUUGUGUUUCGCUGCAUGGAACACAUUUUACCAAAGUGGUUCUGGAAAUCAAAAUCCACGUUUUCGAUUUUUGGCAUGUAUGAUUGUGGAGAUCAUUGUUCUUGCACUAACUAUUAUCCUGGCCUUGGUUGACACGUCGAACAUCCCUGGGACGUUUUGCUUCAUCACGAUUAUGAGUGUUGUAGUCAUAAAUUCUUGUGUGGGAGUUCAUCAAACGUUAACCUUUGGGAUAGCAGCAGGACUCCCUAUGAAGUAUUCAAAUGCUGUUAUUGUCGGAUCUAAUGCUUGCGGUGCAAUUAUAUCAAUAGUGAACAUUAUUACGAAAUCGUUAGCCAUGAGUCGAGAAAGAUCACAAAAGUCAAUAGUUGUUGCAGCUGUUAUCUUUUUCCUGUCUGCUGCUCUCAUUAUUCUCUCGUGUACAGUUACAUUCUUCUGGUUACAACGUUUAAAAUUCGUUCGUUAUUAUUCUAGACUUGGUGACAGAAGUAGUAGUAGCAAUCAUGGUCAAAAUGAAUCAAGUGGUCAUUCACAAAAUGUUAUUCAUAACAACACCAACUAUAAUAAUAAUAAUAGUAUGGAGAAAGCAGCGCAAGGAGAGUUGUUAAUAUCAACAGAUUUAAAAGAGAAUGGCAAUAAUAAUACUAUUACUACUAAUAAUAAUAAUAGUCAUGGUAUUAUGGAUCAUUAUAGUCCACAGAUAAGCAAAAAUGAUAAUGAUGAAAAUGACUGGGACUCCCCGUCAACUGAAUCACGUUUAGUAAUGUCUACAACAACAACCACCUCUGCACCGCUGACAUCAUCAGUCAAUACAAGUCCUGCUGAUGAAAAAUUAUCAAUACUUAAAGCAAAUGAUAUAAACAAUAAACAGAAAGAACAAGAAGAUGAAUCAAUGGUGAUGAUGACGACAAGUGUAAAGAAUUAUCGGUAUACACAAGAGAAUAGUUGGUAUAUGUUUCGAAAUUGUUUUGGCAUAUGCUGUUUCAAACCGCCUGGUGGUAAGGAAAGAUGUUUGGAUUAUUGGUCGAAAUAUACUUUAACUAUGAGAGAAUGCUGGAUACAUUGCAUAAAUAUUUGGUGCGUAUUUUUUUGUUCAUUAUCCAUAUUCCCUGCAGUUCAAUCCCGAGUGAGACCAGUCAAUGCAGACUAUUUUAUUUCACCUGUUUGGUUUGUUGAUGUGACCUGCUUUCUGUUCUUCAAUCUGUUCGCUAUGCUUGGUUGUGUUCUAUGCAACUGGAUCCAAUUUCCAGGACCACGUUUUCUAUGGAUACCUGUAUGGCUACGUACCCUAUUCUUUAUCCCCUUCUACUUAUCAUGUAAUUUUGCCAUUGAAAAACCUCAUCUACCUGUACUCAUUACAAAUGAUCAUGUAUAUGUAUUCGGUUGUAUUAUAUUUUCAUUCACUAAUGGAUAUCUUGCAUCAUUGGGUCUAAUGUAUGCACCAAGAUGUUGUUCACCUGAUCGAGCACCAUUGGCUGGAAUGUUCGGUGGAUUCUUUCUUACUCUUGGUGUAUUUAGUGGAGUUUAUGCUUCUCGUGGUUUAAACAGUCUCAUAUACUAAACCAAUUUUAAUGGAGAAAGUGAUGUUUAACGCACCUUUCGCAAAUACUUAUCAUCACUGCUGGUUUUUUUCUCCGUAAUAUUAUCUAGUCAAAACUGGAGAGAGAUAAACUUUUAUUUGAUUUAAACGACAAAGUACAGUAUGAGCUGGAGUGUACCACCGGUUUUGUUGUACUUCUUCGUCAAUUCAUUUAGCUGUUAAACUCUCAAUCCAUCAAUCGAUCUGGAAAACAUUUUUUCCAUUACAGUUGAUUUGUUUGUGUGUAACGCUAUCCAAGGAGGAAUUAGGCCACUAUAAAACUGCAUUUUGUUUUCUAUCUCUUUUCAUAUAAUGCAUUCAUUCAACUCUUAUGACUUUUAAUCUAAACAAAUCAUCAAUAUUCAUUGUCAUUUUAAUCCGAUCUUUUUGUAUUUCACUGUUAUUACUUUCCCACUCUUUUGCUUUGAAUUUACACUCUGGUAAUUGGAU